AUGGCAUCAACAAGUGUUACACGUAGUCCUUUUGUGGAACUAGAUGAAGAAUACAGGCAAAAAAAUCCUUUUGAAAAGAUGAACACUGAAAUCUACCUUUACAGAGAUAUUGAAUGCACAGAGAAAGAAAUUAUUAGAAAAACUAAACAGAAUCUGAAGGCAUAUGAAAGGAGCACCAUUUCAUCAAGAGCCCGGUGUCGAAAGGCUUUGAGAAAACUAGAAGAAGUCACUGAACAAGAAACAACAGAAACAAUGGGAAAAGAUGUUCCUGCUCUGAAUUGGGCUCUUGCUUUUGCAAAGUGUUGUCAAAGUGACAAACAGUCUAUAGCAGAUUACAUCAGUGAAGAGAAGGAGCUAUUUCUAUUGGAGUACUCUGUUAAAAUAAAACAGCGCACCAUGGCAAAGCUGGAGAAGAUGGCAGCAAGGGAAGAGAGGAGGGCCAGAAUGGCUGAAGCAAAAUUAGAAGAAGAUACCUUGGCAUUUGAGGAGUUUCUCAGAGCAAAUGAUAAGAGCUCUGUAGAGGCCCUUAAAUUGGCAACUCAAGAAGCAAAAUACAAAAUGGAAGUAACAACAGAACUGAGGAUAGCAAUGAAUGAACUGUUCUCCCUUAAAAGUGAAAUUGCAAACACUGAAGACCUUUUGAAGAUGUAUUUAUCCUAUGAAGCCUUUUUGUUUAGUAUUUCUCCCAAAGCUUGGCAAGAGCAGCAGAUGGCAAAGAGGAAGAAAGACCGGAAAAAAAGCCCAUCAAAAUCCCUUAUUUCUUUCUCACCAGCUGCAGAUAAAGCCAAACUAAUCUCAGCCUCCAUUGUAUUACAAAAUAAAAUAAGCAAAAUAGCACAUCAUAAAGGGCCACAACCAGCCAAAAAAGUGAUAGUAGACAAAUCAGCAUCAGUCAUCUUAACCAAUCCUGAGGAAAAGGCACAAGUUUCAAAUAACCAAGGAGACUACAGGUUCUUUAGAAAGUCAUCACAAGUAGUACUGGACCCCAAAAUAUUCGUAGAUGAUAAAAAUAUAUCAUCAGAAAGUGGUUUAAGUGAAACCAGCUUCUCUCUAUCUUCAGAAGACAAUUUUAACUUGGAUGAUAUCCAGAAUUGUGACAAAGAGCCAGAGAUUUAUUUCAAAGACACAGAAGAGUUACUUCAGAUGUUCAGAUAUCUUGAAGAGCAAAAUCUUUCAUUAUUCCAAAACAUUCAAGAUAUUAGUGGCACAUUGGAAGAAAGCCAGCAGAGAGAGAAAAUAGUUAAGCAGCAUAUAGAACAAAAGGUAAAGCGCCUUAGAGACAAAAAAGAAGCUCUGAUAGCUUCUUGCCUCAAAGAAGAUGGGAAAAGUGCUGAACUGGCGUUAAAAGCGAAAAUGUUUUCUUCAGGAGAAUAUAAUCCAGCAUCCAUGAAUAAAAUACUGGAUUCGCUUACUAAAAAAGUAGCAGAAGUAUACAAAGUUUGCUGUGGGACACAGGAAGUAUCCAGCAUGAACUCAUUCCAAAUGCUAAAAAAAAUAGAAAUGCGAGUUUCAGAACUCUGUGAGAUGUUCGAUAUACUUCCAAAAGAGUAUCUUGAGAUCAUUGAAGUCACCGAAAAGCUCAGAGCAAAAGAAAGACGACAAAAGAUACGUGAAGACAAAUUGAAAGAACUUAGAAGAAUUCAGGAAGAACGGCUGAAGCUUGCUCUUGAGAGAGCAAUUGCAGAACCAAAGAAAAGGAUGGGAAGAAAACUAGUGUACCGGUCACAGCCUCCAACAACUAAGCAUGAAGCAGAACAAGCUACAGAUGCAACUACAAAAAGUGAAGAUGAUUACUACUUCACUUGAUAUUUUUGCGUAAGGUGUAUUUUUGUACUAGU